GAGGAAGACAACACACCAGAUUUCUGAGAGAACCAAAGAUCAACACCAGUGCAAUUCUGCAAGAUGGAGUACCAGGGACAGCAGCAGCAGGGCCAGUCGGCCAACCGCGUGGACGAGUACGGUAACCCGGUGGCCGGCCACGGCACCGGCAUGGGCGCACACGGCGGAGGAGGCACCGGCGCGGCCACUGGUGGGCAUUUCCAGCCCCUGAAGGACGAGCACCAGGCUGGCGGUGGGAUCCUGCACCGCUCCGGCAGCUCGAGCUCCAGCUCGUCCGAGGAUGAUGGCAUGGGCGGGAGGAGGAAGAAGGGCAUCAAGGAGAAGAUCAAGGAGAAGCUCCCCGGUGGCCACGGUGACCAGCAGCAAACCGCUGACACCUACGGGCAGCAGGGACACAUCGGAAUGACCAGCAGCACUGGGGCGCAUGGCACCACGGCCAUUGGCGGCACCUACGGGCAGCAGGGACACACCGGAAUGAGCGGCAAUGAGACGCACGGCACCGACGACACCGGGGAGAAGAAGGGCAUCAUGGACAAGAUCAAGGAGAAGCUGCCCGAACAGCACUGA